AUUUCUCGAUUUAUCAUAAUGGCGGUAAGCCGAAACAACUCAUACUCAACAACUUCUUACUCAGACAUUCAUACUCGAUAUAAAAACUCGACUUAUCAACACCCAAAAAAGAAAGAAAAGAGUCCGAAAAAUGCGAUAUUAAUCAAUUUGAAAAACACACUCGGAGGAGAGAAGUUUACAGUGGAAGAUGUCAAACAGGAACUUGCUCCAUUUGGUAUAAUUCGUGCUGUUCAGAUAUGCCCAAUAGAUGCAUGCCAGGCUUUUGUCGUAUUUCAGAAUGACUAUGAAAGAUCUGCCCGACAGUCUGUAUCUCGGCUUUUGGAACUAACUUCAGGAACUAUGUUUGUGAAUGGAUAUAUGUGGACAAUUUGCAGACCAGUCAAAUGCAAUCACGUCGCGAGAACUCAUGAAGAGAGAGAAGUUGAAGAACCAGGAAUCACGACUUCACGUGGAGUAACUGUUGAUGAACUUAGUGGGAUCUUUGCAAGUUUUAUUCAACAAAAUUCUUCGGUUUCCCAAACAUCAAUUUUCUCUGAUUCGACUCAAUCCUUCUCGUCAUAUUCAUUGUUCUCUCGGUCAAGAACCGUUAGCUCAUCGUCCUCUCAAUACGCUGAAAGUUGCGAUUCGUCUGCAACAAUCACUCCGUUUUCAUACUAUCCCGCACAACAAUCAACCGGUUUUCUCAAUCUUCCUCCACCUUAUCACACUCUUCCGGAUACUGCUUUCUUCCGUCGCACGAAAAUCAUCCCUCCUCCGCCAAUGAGACAAGAAAUUGCUCCAGUUACUCAACAAAUCAUGAAUUGCUAUAUUAAUAGUAUCAGAAAAGGAGAUUCUGAAAUUGGAAGACAACGACAAUUAUCUCUUUGUUCAAAAAUGGAGCUGGAGUAUAAUUGGACUGGUUCUUUAUGAUCGUUUUAAAACUCUUUCAUGUUUCUUUUUCUUCAAACUUUGAAUACACGCUCAUUUAAUAAUUUUCAC